AUCGCAAAACACACAGCUUCUCACAAUUCUCUCCUGAUACCCAACCCUUUUUCUUUCUUUUCUACUUGAGGCCAUUUUUUUAACGCAAAACCUGCAGCCAUGGGCUUCACGGAUCUCGUCUCCGAUGCUGGGCUGACCAUCCUCAACAACUGGCUCAAGACCAGGAGUUACAUUGUUGGCCACAACCCAACCCAGGCCGACGUCAAGACUUUCCAGGCCAUCAAGAGCCAGCCAGCUGCCGAGAAGUACCCAUACGCCUUCCGUUGGUACAAACACAUCAGCAGCUUUGAGUCUGAGUUCUCCUCGCUGCCGGGUGACCCAUCCAAGGAGUACACUGCCUACGGCCCAGAGGUGUCAGAGCUUCCGAUAUCCACUAAGGCUCCAGAGAAGGAGGAAGAGGAGGAGGAAGUUGAUCUCUUCGGUUCCGAUGACGAAGAGGAGGACGCAGAAGCUGCCAGGAUCCGCGAGGAACGUUUGGCUGAGUACAACAGGAAGAAGGCUGGAAAGGCCAAGCCUGCAGCCAAGUCCAUUGUUACUCUUGAUGUGAAGCCUUGGGAUGAUGAGACCGACAUGAAGCAGCUAGAGGCCAAUGUCCGCGCUAUUGAGAAGGACGGUCUCGUUUGGGGUGCCUCCAAACUCGUCCCAGUCGGAUAUGGCGUUAGCAAGCUUCAGAUCAACUUGGUUGUCGAGGAUGAGAAGGUGUCGCUUGAUGAGCUCCAGGAGCAGAUUGCCGAGGACGAGGAACACGUGCAGUCCACUGAUAUCGCUGCCAUGCAGAAAUUGUGAGCAAGCGAGCUUCAGACAGCUUCAAUCCUCUGAUGAUGAGAACACGCAUGGUUGAUAUGGGUUCAUGAGUUAUGAGGUAGUAGACAGGCGAAUCUAGAGAGGAGCCUCGUCUGCAAGUGUAUGCAUGCGUGACGAUGACGAUGCUGCUGCUGCUCUUGCUGAUAGUUCGCACAACAAGCUCUGUUGACAGGCACUAGACGGUUGGUCGAAACAAAACAAAAGCCACGAACAUACCGAAGUUGAAAGUCAAAGUCAUUCCACAUCAUUCAUUCGUCUCGUUGUCACCCUCUUGAAUGCUGUCGUUGCUUCAUAAAAGGCCUUGGCUCGCGAACUAUGACCCUUUCAAUAAUUGACUUUGGCGGAACUGGCUUCAUGUCAGCAUCCUGCAAUGAGCCAAGCAAAUUCAUGAC